UGUGUCUGCAAUAGUUUCAUGUAGCUGAAAGAAACUGACUUUAAAUGUUAAAAACCCCGCGCGUUGCAGAAUGACCCUGCAGUAGCCUACAGAUCCUAAACUUUUGUGAACUUUGAACUGAUGUUUUAUGACGCUGACUCAGCAGCACGUGUGUCAUGUGAUUAAAAGUAGCCUACAAGUUCUAACAGACACGAGAGGAGCAUCGACUCGACAUCGAUAAGGACAUACUAUCAAACAUGCACAUCGUAAUCCGGCGAUAUGAGCCUUCUGACAAAGAGGCUGUUGUAACGAUUUACCGAGAUGCAAUUGAGGAGCACAUCAAUCCUGCAUUCAUGUUUGCCAUGACCCAACCUCUGUACAUCACUAUAAGUCUGUUCAUUUACAUUGGUUCUUAUGUGAUGGGCGGACAGUCUGUUAUUCUGGCCCUCAUGUCAGGAGGAGCUUGGGUUGGCCUGAUUUACUUCUGUUGCUAUGAGUUCUACUCUGGAUAUGUCCGAGAGAGACUACACACGGACAUGAAAGACAUCCCGGGUCACUAUCUCAGCCAUCCAGACAACUGCUUCUGGGUAGCGGAAGCCGAGAUGGACAGCAGACCUCAGAUCUUGGGUAUGGUGGCUGUGGAAAGCAAAUAUGACAGCGACGGAAAGAAGUAUGGAGAGCUUUUACGAAUGAAUGUGUCGUCCAGCUGUCGCCGCGCUGGUCUCGGUAAACGGUUGGCUAAAACUGUGGAAGACUUCUGCAGAGAACGUGGCUUCUGGAAGAUCAUACUGUCCACCUCUUCUACUCAGAGAGCAGCUGAGGCGCUGUACUACAAGAUGGGCUUUAAACGUACCCUGGUUAAUACUCAAUCUGAGUGCCCACAGUGGAUGGUCUGGAUGACGCAAGCAAAGAUUCUGUACAUGGAGAAGGUCAUGUGAUCGUUGACUGGCAGCAGGUUAAUACACACCUGAACUUUGUGUCUUGGUGGUUUAAUGUCAAAUCUCAUUAGCAGAUGAGUUAAGAGAUGAUGGCUAUGCCAUGUCCUUAAACUGUUUCUACAUGAUCUGACCAUGAAGAAUUAUUUAAAUUGAUUUAGGGGCGGUUUCCCAGACAGGGAUUAGUUUAAAACAGGACUAGGCCUCAGUUAAAUUAGAACAUUUUAAGUCCCAGUGAAAUAAAAUAUUACAAUUCUUAUUUUUUCAUUAAACAUUGCAGCUUUGAUAGUAAA